CAGAGCUCACACGCCGAGCUUUGCACUGCACUGGAAGCAGCUGCAAUAUAGAUCUAGAUUACGUAGAUAAUCGACGGCAAUUGGGCUUCUUGUCUACCACUACUUACAUCACAACAAGGCAAAAAUAUACUGCUGAUUCUCGAGUGAAAAGGAAAAGGAUGGCCGCCACUUCUGCUUCUGACAGCGGUACCAGCAGCACGAGUAAAAUCGGUCGGUGCUACAUUUUCAUCCUCGUGAUAACCGGGUUUGCGAUUUCUGUCGGUUUGGUGAACGUGACGAAAUGGCUGUUAUCCUGUACAAAAGCAUCGUAUUCGUAUAAAUGCAAGUCUUGCAUCACAAAUUUUUUUCUGAAGUCCGAUCAGCAUUACAAAUUUGAUUUCUCAUGCUGAGGAAAUUUUUUGUAAUGCGUUUAUACGAGUGCGAUACUUUUGCAGUUCAUAGCUGUACGUCGAGCACCAUUUUCGUUACCCGGUGUGGCUGACCGGGACGCACAUGCUGAUGAGUUACGUGGCGGCGAGCGUUGGUCUCUUCGUGUUCGAAAUCGUCCCCAGGGAAACCCGGCCGAUAUUGACCAUGAGGCAGCAACUCUUUUUGAUAACACCCUUCUCCUGCGCCGGAGCGCUGAGUCUGGGUGCGGCGAACAUGGCGCUCGUCUACCUCUACCCGUCGUUUCAUAUGGAUUGCAAAAAUGUCUGGGUCUGGUGGAAGGAUGCAACUUCUGAUGCUGGCUUCGGGUUCUAAAAAAAUCUGUGUUGCAUGACUAGCAAGUAGAAGAUUCGACUUUGUGUUUGUGCUACACGGUGGAGAGGGCAUUUUUCAUGCAGGAUACGCAUCAGAAAGCCCUCAAAAAAUUUGUGAUGCUAGGGCAGGCAUCAGCAUCACAGACAUCAUGGGUGGUCAUGCAAAAUGUGCAUGAGAAAUCUUGCACUCCUCCAGACCCAGACAUUUUUGCAGUCCAUAUUUCACGCGAUGCUGCAAAACUCAACGCCGCUCUGGACCGUGCUGUCUGCCAUGGUGUUUCAGGGGAAAAGGUACAUCUACAUAUGUUGAUGUUCCCAAAAUGUUGCGAAGCAAAUCGGAUCUACUACCACUUCCAGAUCAUCAUCAUCAUCUACGAAGAAACAUUGAUUUAGAUUUGCGUUUGUUUUCUAACCUCCUUUGUUGCAAUUUAAACUUUUUCGCUUCAGCCCGCCUGGCACACCAAAGAGCUACAGCAUGACUCUGAAAUUUCUACAGGUUCAACCGCAGUGCCUACCUCGCCCUGAUCCCGGUCUGCGGCGGCGGCGCGAUUUGCGCGUUCAACGAGGGCAGCCAAUUCGCCGUGUUCGGGCUGCUGAUUUCCCUGUCUGCCGCGCUGUUCCGGGCGGUGAAAGCCGUGCUGCAAGCGGAGCUGCUUCGUGGCGCGGAUUUGAAACUGGAUUCCAUUUCCCUGCUGUACUACAGCAGCCCGGUCAACAUGCUGCUCUUCUUCAUUUGGAGCUUUUUCCAGGAAAACCAACUCGAGCCCUACUACGAAUUUUACUUCGCAUUGACCUCGAUGGGGAAAUUUUGGGUUUGCCUCGGCGCGUUCAUGGCGGCCAUGUUCAAUUUGAUCGGGUUUCUCACCAUCGGCUACCUGGGCGCGGUCGUGGCCAUGGUGGUGGGGAACAUGAAAUAUGCAUUGCAAAAGUAUCGUACUAGUAAGUAUAAAUUGCAAUACAAAUUUGGCACAGCAUUACAAAUCAAAUCUGUAAUGCGGAUUUGCCUAUAUCAAAAAGAUUUGUAAAAAUGUAUAAAAAGCAAUUCGUACGAGCACGAUACUUUUGCAGAGCAUAUGAAAACGCCGACCACGAUCUUGGUGUCCGCGAUCGUAUUUAACAAUCCUGUAUCAAAUGUAAAAGUGUCUGGGUCUGGAAGAUUGCAACUUGUCAUGCUAGUAAAUCUGCAGCAUGCAAAAAUCUGUGUUGCAUGAUUACCAAAAGUCGCCCAAUUUUGACCAAGGCGGGAGGUAGUUUCUCAUGCAGGAUAGGCAUUAGAAAGCUCUCGCACAAUCUGUCAUGCUAGCUCCGGCAUUCCAGACCUCAUGGGUCAUGGAAAAGCAGCAUGACAAAUCGCGCAUUCUUCCAGACCCAGACACUUUUACACUUGAUAUCCUGUGCAUUGGAAGCAGAUCGUCGGCUUUCUCGUCGGCGCGUUUGGCGUUCUCUUCUACGAUCGAUACGGCCGCGAGGAAAGCAGCAAGAUACCGACUCCGAGCAACGCGAUCGGGCGGGUACUAUCUUCGCCGGGGUCGUCCUCGCGCAAGAUAAAGUCGCCGGUGACGAAACGGAGCUUAAACUUGCAGGAGAAGUACUUGUCCAAAUUCGGGUUUGAGUCGGUGCCGAACAGAGAAGUGCUGGAUGACGAGGAGUUCGGAUUACAGGACGAGGACGAAGAGAAUUACAAUCUUGAUUCAGCUUUGGACGAGGAAGAAGACGCGGGAAUAAACAGUGGUAGUAAAGUGAAUCUAGAGCUGGCACACAUGGACGCAUUUGGUGGAUCUUCAGGCGGAGGACGACAUGAUGCACCGGGCGGCACUGUGGUGUUUGGGGCGGGGGGCCACAAGGAAGCAGUGAGAAUAGAUGUGAACGACACAGGACCAGGCGGGGAGAAAAAGCAGGGCCGCGGGUCAACUAGAAUAAACGCAGGUGGUGUUGUAUCAAAUUAGAAAAGUCCUCAGCUGUAUUUUUCCUCAUAGGGCCAAAAAAUAAAAAUAAAAAUUGCGCAGGUUUUUAUGUAUCAGAAGCAGGCCCACCCUUCAGGAGGUUCUCCGGAACAGGGUACAGCCUCCAUCUAUCAGGCUGCAUAGCGAUGGUGUUUGGGGUACGAAAAGCAGACCAAUUGAAGCCAAUCACGGCGGCAGUGCAAAAAGAAAAACAGCACACCGUCGCGCCUGAGCAAAAAAGUGACCCCGUGUGGCCACCGUAGCAUCGGGAAUUGAAUGCAAAAAAAGCUUCUCCCUCUGCUACCGUAUUUGUACUCACUCUUCUUCCUGACCCUAGGAAAAGCUAUGUCUUAUAGCAUCAAAGUGAGCUGCUUUUUCAGAGAGUUCUGAUCCAGAACUCCGUCGUGGAAGUUAUUUGUACUCAUAGCAAAAAAAAUGAGUACUCAUAGCAAGGUUUCGGACGUCAAAAUCCCAAGGAUUUUGAUCAAAAAAGCAGCUUGCUUUUGCAAAAAAAGCAUCUUUUUUGCCUUCUCCGCAUUACAGCCUCGACGGUCCGAGUCACAAUUUUGGCCAACUGAGGCACUUCUUGGCCAUGCUUUUCAGCGCCAUACCGUCGCGAUGAGUCCUCCUUUUCAAAGCAAUCCCAUCACUCACAAAUAAACAGCAGGCGCAUGAUUUCCGAACUUGCCGUGAAUUGCUUUCCGCUUGGGCGGUGCUGCGCGCCUUGAGUUCUGAUCUACAAAUAUGCUUGAUUUUUUUUUUUUCCCUAUGAGGAAAAAUACAGCUGAGGAUGUUUCUCAUGUGAUAUGUUGGCGCAGCUCUCCCUGCCAUGCUUGGAAAGAGCCAGCAGAUAGGGAUAGGCGUCGUAGGCGGUGGUACCGCCCGGGAUGGAGGUUUGUAGACGAAUUCCUGGCCGCGACGUGGCGACAAUUGCAAGCUUGUUCGCCCUCUUCCUUUCGCACAAAGGAGGCGUGACGCCGCUCCUACACCAAGUAGGGCGUCCUCGAGUGGGACACGCACGUGCACCAAUUGUGGAUCAAGCGGUGGGACUGUACUUCUGCGAUUUUGGGUUUCUGUGAUUCUGCAAUGAACUGGAGAUCGUGCAUGAUGGCUGAAGUAAUUCUUGAAGAUCUUGAGAAAUAUUUGAAACUGUGAGUGUCAACGUCUGUAGUUACAGGUAGUGAUCAAGACCAGAAACGAACAUGAACAAAGCUCCGCCCACAAAAUGGAACUGCGCUGAAUACUUUCACUUGCUACUAGACGUUGUACCCGUGUAGGCCGCAGGGCCAUGACGUUGCUAUGUAAAGUCUCGUCUUGUUGUGCUCGUCACUACUUACUUUUACCGCUAAGGCCGCG